AUGGCUAUUGUAAAUCAUAAUUAUGAGUUCAUUUAUGUCGAUGUUGGAAAACAAGGUAGGAUAUCUGAUGGUGGCGUUAUACAAGCAACAACAUUUUACAGAAGACUACAGAAUGAAACUCUUAAUUUGCCAAAACCUAUGGAUUUUGAAGAAGAUCUUAAUUUUGUAUUCAUUGGAGAUGAAGCAUUUGCUCUAGAAGAACAUGUUUUAAAAACAUUUCCACAAAAAUCCUUAAACUAUGAAAGAAGGAUUUACAAUUACCGACUAUCGAGGGCUAGGAAUGUAGUGGAAAAUGCUUUUGGUCUAAUAGCAAGUAGAUUUCGCAUUUUGCAGACAUCUAUUAAUGUCAAUCCGAAUGACACAAACUAUAUUGUUUUAGCAAUUUGCACACUUCAUAAUUUUCUUAUAAAGCACAAUUCUUCUUAUGUAAAACCAACAUCUGAAAACAGUGAGACACAAGACACAGAAGUUAUUGAUGUAAGUGGACAAUUGUUUCCAUUACAAAACAGUAUUAAUGCAAGAAAUAGUUCAGCAGCAGCCAAUAUAAACCGAGAUAAGUAUUUAGAGUAUUUCAAUGGAGUUGUAAUAUAUAAAUAA